AACUAAACUCUCUCACGCAAUCUUCUUCUUCGAUCUAACGUCAAUACUCAAUCGAAUCCGUCAUCAUCAUCGAUCUCACCUCUAACGCAUCUCAGAUCUCUCAUCUUCGAUCACUCACAGUCUCAAAGAUAAUCUCUCUCAGUCCUUUCUUCGUCGCGAUCGACACUCAAGCUUCCACGGAAGAGUAAAGAGAGCUUACUGUUACAGGAAUGGCACAAGAAGCAGAUGGGAUCAGAUUGGAGCAGAAACAUGGGAAGGCUCGAGUGAGAGUUGGGAGAGUUUGGCGAGAUGGUCAUGAUGGAUCUCAUCACUUUGUUGAGUGGAACGUUAGUAUCAGUCUUCUCUCUCACUGUCUCUCUUCUUACUACCGUGAUGAUAACUCCGAUAUUGUCGCCACUGAUACCAUGAAAAACACUUGGUUUUGGCCAAUCUUCUAUGUUGGGAUGAAGGUUUAUGUGAAAGCCAAGGAAUGUGAAGAUCGACUCUCGGUGGAAGAAUUUUCCAUACUUAUUGGUAAACACUUUUGCUCAUUUUAUCCACAGGUUUAUACUGCUAUCGUAAAUAUCAUUGAGAAACCCUGGGAGCGUGUAUCCAUCGGUGGUAAACCACAUUUACAUGGUUUCAAGCUUGGAUCAGAGACUCAUACUGUGGAGGCACGAGUAGAAAAGUCUGGUGCACUAAACUUAAAUUCUGGUAUUGCAGGAUUAGCUCUACUGAAGACAACCCAGUCAGGAUUUGAGAGGUUUGUCAGAGACAAAUACACCAUUCUGCCUGAAACACGAGAGAGAAUGCUGGCGACAGAGGUGAAUGCAUCGUGGAGGUACUCGUACGAUUCAGUUGCAAGCAUCCCAACAAAAGGACUCUACUUCAGCGAGAACUUCAUGGAUGUAAAGAAAGUUCUGAUGGAGACAUUCUUUGGUCCUCCAGAAACUGGUGUGUAUAGCCCUUCAGUCCAACGCACUCUCUAUCUUAUGGGAAGCGCUGUACUCAGAAGGUUCACUGAUGUAUCAUCGAUUCACCUGAAAAUGCCAAAUAUACACUUUCUACCUGUAAACCUUUCAACCAAGGAAAACCCUUCAAUGGUGAAGUUUAAAGAUGAUGUGUACCUGCCAACCGAUGAACCUCAUGGAUCUAUAGAAGCGACCGUAAGCCGCGUAACCUCGAAACUGUAAGGUUUAGGACAAUACAAGGACAAUCUAAAGACUAUUUCACAAGUAAGAGAGGGCCACAUUGUGUUGUAUUUUGUAAAAUUAUGGUUUCAGCUAAGUUUUACUUGUGUGUGUUCGUACAACAGAACCUCUUCGUCUACUCUUUUUUUUUUAAUCGUUUUACAAAGGUUUUAAUCGUUAUAUCUUAUUUGGAUUUUC